AUGCUGCGGAGAGGCGGAUUGGACAGCAGUUUGAUUGUUGCUAUUGCAGCAUAUGAGACCGAGAAGGCCACACUCGCACAGGUUGAAGCACGCAAAUGCAAGCUAGCUGAGAUGCAGAACGGUCCACCUUCGCCUAUCGGGUUAAUCUCACCGAAAAUGUCUACUGUCAUGUCAUGA